AUGUCCUCUAAACAAGUACCCGUGAUCCAAACGGUCCCUCUCAAGUCCGGCUCCUUGGACUAUGAGGCUCUCCGAACCUCCAUACUCGAAGAAUUCGGCAGUGAUGUCCCGGAUGAACUCCGUCUCCCGCGAAGCAUCAUCGAGAACCCCCCGAAGGAUAUUACCGGCAUUCCCCGAUCCUGCUGCAUAUUGACCGAAGAAGAGUUGGACAUCACAGAGAACUACGAUGCCACUGCACUUGCUGCAGCUAUAGCCUCCAGGAAAUUUACUUCUGUGGCCGUUGUCACUGCCUUCUGCAAGAGAGCCAUGAUUGCCCACCAGCUUACCUGCUGUUUGACGCAAUGGUGGAUGGACAAGGCCGUAUUGACUGCUGAAUUACUUGAUUCGUUCCAGAACGAGACUGGCACGACUUGCGGCCCAUUGCAUGGUGUGCCUAUCAGCAUCAAGGAGCAUAUGCCGGUAAAGAAUUCAUGGUCUAAUGUUGGAUUCCUUGCUACACGUAAAUAUGAUUAUGAGAAUUGUCAUAUGACAGAAAUUCUUGGCGAAGCUGGGGCGAUCUUCUAUUGCAAGACGAAUCAGCCACAGGCCAUUAUGCAUCUUGAGACCACCUCUCCUUGGGGGCGCACACUCAAUCCUCACAACAUCAAUCUGUCAGCAGGAGGGUCAACUGGCGGCGAGGCUGCGCUUAUCGCCCUUCGAGGAUCUGUUUUGGGUGUUGGUACUGAUAUUGGUGGGAGUGUCCGUGGGCCAGCGGGUUUCUGCGGUAUCUAUGGCUUCAAGACAACUUCCUACCUGUUUCCUCAAAAGGGCUUUCUGCCAGGAGGUUUCGCGGCUGAACUCAAUGUUCUGUGUUCAGCCGGACCAAUGGCUACUUCGCUUCGAGAUGUUGACUUACUCAUGUCUGUUAUCUCGGACUCUCGUCCAUGGCUGAAAGAUCCGCGCCUUAUACCCAUUCCCUGGACUGGGUUUUCAGCGGAAAAGAAGCCACUUAAGCUCGGCAUCAUGAUGAACGAUGGGAUCAUAACCCCACAGCCCCCAGUCACAAGAGCUCUUCAGUGGGCGAUGGGCGAGUUGCGUGCCAAAGGGUUCGACAUUAAACCUUUCCAGCCGUAUGGGACUGAAGAAGCCAUGAAGGGCAUCCGAUUAGCGUACUGGCCCGACGGAGGUAAAGCUCUCAAGGGCUACCUCGACGCAAAGCAAGAACCGAUGCACGACCUGACAAAGUGGAUCAUCAAGGAUGCCGAAGGCCCUGGUCUAGACGCCGAAGGGGUUCUCAAGCUUCGAACUGCACGCGAUGAGUUUAGGUGUCGUUUUGCCGAGCAUUGGGAAUCCCAAGAUGUGGACUUUGUGAUUUGCCCUGUAUUCGUUGGUCCGGCGUGCUCUCAUGAGACGGCGUUCUACUGGAACUACACAGCUUUCUGGAACUAUGUUGACUACCCCGGCAUUGUGAUUCCUACCCCAGUCAAAGCUGGCGCGAAGGGUACGGAAGAUUUUCCAGCAGGUAGUGUCCCGUUGAGCAAAGAGGAGGACCACGUGAGACAGCUGUGGUCUGAGGGAGAUUUUGAGGGAGCGCCCAUCAACUUGCAAAUUGUAGGCAGAAAGUACCACGACAACGAUUUGUUUGCAGCAGUAACAGAAAUUGAUGAUGUAAUUAACAAUAUGUAG